UCCAAGUAGUCAUAGAAAAGGAUCCUGCAGCGUAGCACCAUGAACUUCAUUCCGUAUCGCAGCAAAAGUGUACCAUCGUUGGUUCGAUUGCCCUUUGGUCACGGGCCACGUCCGUUCGCCGCUAAUCGCACCUCGGAACGGAUGGAUCGCUCGAUUCCGUACAGCCGGAGCAGAUCGUUCGGGAAUCUGCGCCGUGGAGUGAACGAGGAAGCAAACCAACCACCACCGGCCGAUGGUGACCCGAACGUGAGACGCCCGGUCGACUCGUACGUGAUAGUGGUGGUGGCCGAAGGACGAGGACACGCGACACUGGAGAUCGGUCUUGCGGCGAUCGAUAUUACCUCGCCCCACCUGAAGAUCACUCAGUACGGGGACAAUUUUUGGUACUCCGUCACGUUGACCACGCUGCACAGCCUCGAUCCGGCCGUCGUCUUCUUCUCGGAGCACACGCUCGAACACGGUACAUCGUAUCUGCCGAAGCUGAUCCAACAGUUCCUACCCACGGUGCAGGUGCUUGGGAUGGGCCGGGCCUACUUCAAUGACAGUCUGGCCGAGGCGUAUCUAGGGCAACUGUGUAGCGCCGAAUAUGGGCGAUUACGUGGAUUAAUGCAGCGCAAGUACUACGGAUUGGCAUCGUGUGGGGCACUGCUGAGGCACUGUUGUGAGUCGGGGCUGCUGUUGAUCGCACAACGUUCGUUGAAGCUGAGCUACAUCGAUAAAAUGGCCACGAUGACGAUGGAUGUGGAGAGUGUGGGCAAACUGGAGCUACUCGGUUCACUGCAGCAGGGAGACGAACGGCAAUCGCUGUACGGGUACAUGAACCACUGUGUAACCGGCAUCGGUAAACGGCAUCUGCGUGCGAACAUCAUAGAACCGUGGACGGAUCGGAACAGAUUGGAGCUACGGUUGCAGUGCAUCCGCGAGCUGCUCGCUAAACCUAUUCUGCUGCAGUCGAUUCGAAGGCUUCUGGCGGAGAUUAAGGAGCUUGGUGGCCUACUGCGACUGUCGCUUGACAUCGAUCGGAUGAAAUCUACCCAUCAAAAUACGAUCCACAUGCUGAAUCAGGCAACCAGCCUGCGUAAUGUCCUGAAAACUGUCCCGAAAUUAAGCGAUCUGCUACGCGAUGUACAGGCGGAAUAUCUGGCCGAUCUGAAGCAAACACUGGAGGAGCGUGUGUAUGCCGAGCUGCUGGAAAAGAUCUGCCAAACGCUGGAUGAUGGUAGUCCAGGCGAGCGGAACUCGAGCUACAAUCGGUUGUUUCUGGUGCGCGCCCGGAUCAACUCGAUCCUGGACCUGCUGCGGACGCUCUACUCCGGUGUGAUUGAUGAAAUUCGUGAGUACGUAGCGCAGCUCAGUCUGGAGGUGCGGAUGCAGUUGAAGCUGAACCACUCAAAGUCCCACGGGUUCCAUCUACUGUACGCGCUGGCCAACGAUAGCGAGGUGGACAAUGUGGCCGAACAGCUGUCGGCGUUCCGGAUCGUGAAUCGUGUAGGGCGCCGUUACACGCUCACCAACGGUAGGAUGCUGGCGUUCAACGAGAAGCUGAACUCGCUGGUUAAAGAGAUCGAGGAGAUCAGCUACGGUAUCAUACAGCGGCUGAUCGAGAGCAUCCGGGAGAGUGUCGAUGCGGUGUACAAUCUGGUCGGUUGCCUGACGGAUCUGGAUGUCAUUCAGUCGCUGGCUACGGUGAGCCAGGGCAAGGAGUUCUGUGAGCCACGGUUCGGCGAGGAAACGAAGAUCGUCGCGGGACGACAUCCGCUGCUGGAACGGUUCGGUAGUAACCGGAAGGUUGUUCGCAACAAUGUGAUUGCCACCCCGGAGUACAAUGCGUUCAUUGUAACUGGACCAAACAUGAGCGGGAAGACGGUUUACAUGAAAACAAUCUGUUUGCUCCAGAUUAUGGCCCAACUUGGGUGCUAUGUCCCGGCGACAGGGGCACACAUUCGAAUCGUAGAUCGUUUGUUGACCAUUUUUGGCAAUGCCGAUAGUGUGGUACAGGAAGAUACCAGCGCAAUGGCACCGGAGAAGCUUCAGUUCGUUCGGCACUGUCUCACCCCGAACAGUCUCGUGGUAAUCGAUGAGCUGUACAGCGAUACGCAUCGUCCUGAUACGAGCAGCCCCAAGUGGGCUCUGUUGGAACGAAUAGUAGGGCACGUAGGUCACGAUAGCCCGGAACCGGAGUCGUUACCAACACUCGCCUCAAUCAGGAAACCAUUCGUCUACGUGACGACACACUGUCUCGAGCUGUUGCGGCCACUGGAACAGCAUCACAACGUGUCCCGCUUGUGUCUACAGACGGAAACGAUCAGCAUCGAUGGCGAGGAACGGCUGAGGUACAAGUACGUCGUUACCGAGGGACACACGCUGGUGCGGAACUAUGGUCUGUCGCUCGCACGUACCGUAAACCUUCCACCGGAGGUACUGGAACGAGCUGCCGAGCUCAACAGUGGUCUGCUGAGGCAGUUUAUAAGUCAACAGCUGCCAGCCCGGGCAGGCGAUCGUACCAAUCUGUCCACCACGCUAGGGACCACCCUUUCCACCCAGUCGAAUUUCAAUGAAUUUUUCAAACUCUUCUACGAUCUGUACUCCAAGAUUGGUGAUGCCACGAGAAACGCAACCGAUCUGCGAUCGACACUGAUCGAACAGCUUGACCGGUUUCAGAGCUCGUUGCCCGAGGAAAUACGAGCCUUUCUUCAGGAGACUCCACUCGACCGGUUGCUGCAGCUCGAUGGUUGACGAGCCCCCUUUGGAUGACCGCAUUAUUUUUCUGUUUUCAUCGUCGAACAUCUCGUCGUACCGUGAGGGUCAAGGAAUGUAAAUAAAAACAGAUGCGCCCCGUUGAUGGGCGUA